AUGAAUCUUCAUUUCCCGACCGAUGCUAAACAAUACGACAUUAUUUCUCUCAUCGGAAAGGGUACAUGCUCUAGAGUAUAUAAAGCUCGUUGCAAAACAAAUAAUACAAUCAUAGCGAUUAAAAUAAUUAAUCUCGAAGAAUAUCCAUUGUCGAUUGAAACCAUACAGAAACAAACGAAGUUUUGGUCGAAGUGUGAUCAUCCAAAUAUAGUCAAAUAUUAUGGUUCUUUCACAAAUGGUCCAGAUUUAUGGAUUUUAACAGAAUUCAUGGCUGCUGGAUCAAUGUAUGACAUCCUCAAGUUCGGAUAUGGCGGUGGCUUUAAGGAUGAGUCACUCAUUGCUUCCAUUGCUUCUGAUAUUGUCAAUGCUUUACUUUAUUUACAUUCAAACCAUGAAAUUCAUCGUGAUAUACGUAGCGGAAACAUCCUAUUUAACGCUCACGGUCAAGCUAAGCUCUCAGAUUUUGGUUUGGCCACAAGUUUAAUUCAAAAUGGCCAAAAACGUUCUGCAGCCGUAUCAAUGUAUGGCGAUGCCUGCUAUAUGGCUCCAGAGAUGCUUACCAACAAUACUGGCUAUACAGAGAAGACAGAUAUAUGGGGACUUGGCCUUGUUUUGAUUGAAUUAGCUACAGGCAAAAUGCCUUAUGCAGGAAUGAAAUUCAUGGAAUCGAUGGCAAGUAUAAUCACAAAAGAACCUCCUACGCUCUCAAAAGAUAAGCAUUCGAGCUUAAUUUGUGACUUCGUAAAUCUCUGCCUUAAUACGAACCCUAAGAAGCGCGCUUCUGCCGAGGACCUUGCAGAUCACAAAUUCCCCAAGACAUCUCGCGGAAGUGGAGCCAUUGCAACGACAAUUUUGUCUCAAUUGGCUCCUCUUGAACAGAGAUACAAAAUCCUAUACGAAAACAAGACAGAACAAAAAAUGCAGAAGGAGAAAUCCUUUGAAAAAAUGGAAUUCGACUUCUUUGAAGGAGAUAAUCCAAAUUCUGGCGAAAAAUCACCAAGAUCUGAUGACAAAAAUAAUGAUAGCGAUAAAGAAUCUCUCGAUAGAGUUGAAACACACGGAAGAUUUACGAUUACAAGAGUCGGAUCUUGUUCAGAUUCGAAAGAAAUGCUUGGGGAAUCUCCUCCUCCUGAAAAGAAGAAGAAUCCUGCAACAGAAGCUAUAUCAAGCCAGAUAAGACUCCUUAAAUUCGAAAUUCAGUCUUUGGAAUCUGAAAAUGAAUUUAUUUCCGACAGAAUACAUCAAAUUGCCAUGGCAUUACAACAAAUUAAGGCUAGUAGGGGAGAAAACGAGUAA